GAUUAAAAGGACUCAGAUUAAGAAAUGUUUUGGUUAUAAAGAGGAAACUUUUCUGCUCUGAGCAGUGGUGUCCUUUCACCUCCAGCUUCACCAUACACCACCUUUAGGACAUGAGUUCCCCACAAACUUCCUGUGAUGUUUUCCAUGUGCAUCUCCCUUCUGUGCUUGAGAGAGAGGGAGCAGCUGCUGCUUGUCUGCAUGGCCAUACCAGGAGCCUUUUGCUGUGUGCACAAGGCAUCAGUUUCUGUUGGGAAGUCAUCCUUGCUGUUGGCAGUGGGAGGGCAGGCUUCUCCAGCAGCUGCCUUAACUAAAAGCAAAGCAGGGGGAAGACUUCCUGCCAUCCUGCAGGACAUGCAGGUUAUGGUGCUUUGAAACCCCAGGCUUGGGUUUUAAGGCUGGGAAAUAUGUGGUUAAGAUACAACAGUAGCCACGUGGGAUGGAGCCAGGGUAGUUCAACAUCUCCUAACCUGGUUUCUCUGCACCCCCUGCAGCAUCCAGCAUGGGACAUCCCACAGCUGCCAUUAGAGAGCUUUUCUCCCCCUUCUGCCAGCAAGGUGUGAGCAAGACACUUCCGUUAUCCUGGGUUCAAGGUCUGAGAAGGAUUUCUGGACUUGGCUUUGCAUGGGUUGGCUUGCAGGCCUCCCUGGGGCUGUUGGCUGCAGGGCAGGGACUGUGUAGUGCUGGUUGGUGUGGGGGCUUCCUCACCACUGCUUCUUGGCCAGACUCUUAUUUCCUACCUUUGAUUUUUUUCCUCUGUCUCCAAAGAGGGUUAUGGAUGAGCAUUUCUCCAAAGCAUCACCUCGCCCAGUGGUACCCAGUGCACUCCAUGCAGGCAAAAGCAGGAAUGAGUGGUCCCCUGAGGUCCCUCCUGCCCAAUGAUAUUCCUUUCCUCCUGAAACACCUUUGGUUUGGCCUGAUGCCUCCUGAGGGUGUUCCUGGGAUGUGGAUUCAGCACCUUGGUCCUCCUAAGCCUUUGCUUGGGACAGAACAGAUUUCUUCAGAUGUUUCCCUAUAAUUUGUCUGCCUUUGAGUGUCCAGAACCAGUCCCAAUACCCAGCCAAGCAGCUACUGAUCUUACAGACCUGCACUUACAACUUGCCAGUUGAGCUCUAUCUCUACUCUCUUCUCCAUUAAUUGAGCCCUGGCUGGGCAGAAAGUCAUUGAUUUUCUUACAUGUUGGUGUACAACUGCCUUCCUUCCAACCCUGUGUAAUUGUCCCUGUGCUCAGAGCUGUGACGUGUUGGACCUUGUGGGUCCCUUCCAGCUCAGGACAUUCUGUGAUUCAGGGCAAUGCAGGGUUCAGUCACUGUUUGCACAUUGGUGUGCCUGUUUUAUCUGGGACUUUUGAUAAGUGCUUUCAAAACAAUGAAAGCAUUGGUUUGUUCCUUUCUAUCCAAUGGAAAUUUUGCUGGAUGUGUCUGGCGUGGGGAAGAGAGAAAGGUUUCACCUGCUCUCAAUACAGAGAUAUUGGCAGAGCUUGCCCCCUGUACAAGACCAAAACUUGUUGAAACUUCUGCAUCACUGAUAAUCUCACCCUAUCGGGGAACUGGGCAGUUUCAUGUGUGUAUCUCCCUCCCUGCACCUGUAUCUCUGAUUCCUGACUUUCACCACCUGUGCCCUGUCUGUUCUGCUGUGCCCUUUGCUUCCCUGAUACAUACUAAUCGCCAUGGCUUGCUUGAAAGAGAAGAAACUCGUGUGGGGGUAGCAUUAGCCCAGAGCAGGAGCGGCUGGUGCGUCCCUGCCCGUGGGCAGUCCUGGCAGGCAGCGUGGCCAGGCUGGUGGCAGCCUCUGCAGCUGCCCUUUGUCCCCAGCACCACUCGGCAAAGGCAGGAUCCUGCUUUCCAGCACCACAGGCAGCGCGCUCCCGGGACAGACAUGAUGCUGCCAGAGGUUUCCAUAUGGAUUUCAGUGGGCUCACAGCUUGCAGCAGAGAAACACCUGGCCCCACUGGUGGUGGUGCAGCUCACCGAUGACCUGCUGUCCCAAGCAGUGAUGAUGGUGGAGGACAGCCGGCCCACGCUGGCCAUCAACCUGGCCGGAGCCCGGCAGCACUGGCUGGAGGGGAUGCUGCGCCACGAGAUAGGCACCCACUACAUCCGGGGGGUCAACAACACCCGCCAGCCCUGGCACAGCUCCGAGGGCCGCAAGCAGUACAGCCUGAAGCCCGCCAACCCCACGGAGGAAGGCUUGGCCAGCCUGCACAGCGUCCUGUUCCGCAAGCAGCCCUUCCUGUGGCGGGCAGCCCUGCUCUACUACACCAUCGAGCGGGCCAGCCGCCUCUCCUUCUCUGCCCUCUUCCAGGACCUGGAGCAGUAUGUGCAGGAUGCCAGUGUCCGGUGGGAGUACUGUGUGCGGGCAAAGAGGGGCCAGACGGACACCUCACAGCCAGGCUGUUUCAGUAAGGACCAGGUGUACCUGGAUGGGAUUCUCCGCAUCCUGCGCCAUCGGCAGACCAUCGACUUCCCACUGCUGGCUGCACUUGGAAAGGUCUCCUAUGAAGAUGUGAAUCGGCUGAAGAAGUUUGGGGUCCUGGAGAAGGCCCGCAUUCCCCAUUUCAUGCAGGAUCUGGAGCGGUACAUGAAGCAGCUGGAUCACAUUGUCACCACCAAUGGCCUGAACGAGGAGGAGCUGGAGCAACUGCUGCCCGACUGAGGGGCACCCCCUGAACCAGCACCCCAAGGGUGUAACUGGUGCUGUUUAUUGGGUAUUCAUUGGGGCUGGAGCAGAGGGCAGAGCCCGAGGCGGGCGCUGUGCAUGUACUGCUGUGUAGGGUAGCGCGGCCAAGGGCCCGUGUGGUUGUGUUGAUGUGUCCCCUGCAUCGUCCCUGUGUAUUUUGGGGAUGGCUGUGCCACUCCACGUGGCUUUGGGGAGCCAGAGGGUUCAGGGGGAGCGAGGGCAGAGUUGGGGCGAUGUGCUGGUCCCUGAGUGCAGAAGGCUGUGCUGGGGGAGUUGCAAUGGGGGGAUUUCUGUAGGGUACCAGGAGUGCUCCCAGCACUGUGGGAGCACUUACUUGAGGCCAGCAGACAGGGCUGGGUGCUCUGGGCUGUGCCUGGCAGGGAAUAAGGGCUGGAGUAUACCCACAGAUUGCCCCAUGGAUGCCUUUUCCACUCCCUACCCCUCCCCUCAUGUCCCCCACCAGCAGCAGGAAGGACUUUAAUCCCCCAUUACCAAUCUCUGCCCAGCUCUGCACCCCAACUACAGCCACCCUGCCUGGCUUUGAGGACUCAGGCUGGGGAUUGGGCUUGAUGUUAGGAAAAAGCGUGUAAUAAAGGUGAUGUAAUGGAAAA